AUGGUCAACACCGGCCGGCCCUCAAUGGACUGUCUGCCCUGCAGACGACGGAAGCUCCGAUGCGACCUGAAACCUGAAUCCUGUGGCCAGUGCCGCCGGGCCAACAUCUCAUGCCACGGCUACCGGAAUGUUAAGGACCUAGCGUUCCGUGACCAGACACGAGUAGCCAAGCAAAAAGUGGCGGCUCGCCAAGGGCAUGCUUAUCAGCUCAUUAGGUUGCCUUCGCCGAUGCCUGACCUAGACCUAGACGUCGAGGCAAGGUGCAGAGAUACGUUCUUCCUGCUUUAUGUUACCGGCCUAUCACGGAGUUUCUCCUCUCUCCCACCACUAUACAACCAGGCACCGAUCUCGAAGCAUCUGGCAUACAGUGUGAAUGCAGUCGGCCUUGCGUUUUCGGCAGUUCAGUUCGACAGCCAGGAGCUAGUCAGAACCGCCUUUAACAGAUACUCGGCCGCCAUAGGGAGUUUAAGGCAUUCACUUUGCGAGCCGAACGUGUUGAUCGGUGAUGAAAUUUUGCAGUCAAUACUGCUUCUCGACAUAUUUGAAAAGCUAGCAGCACCAAGCCUUGGCAUGCCAGGGUCCUCAAUGAUCCAUAUUCGAGGGGCAAUGUCAAUCAUCGAGUCGCAGGGAAAGUUGAAUUUUACAAGUGCUUUGUCAACUCAAAUUGCCAGGAACAUUCUAUCACACUUUAUAAUUAGUUGUGGAAUGGUCAAAAUUUUCAUCUCUGACUCGCAGGUCGCCGUCUGGAGGGAUCUUUCUGGGCUGAUCAUCGAUAGUAAAUGGGAUUACAUGGGAAUCCUAGUGGAUAUUGUCAACUUGAGGGCCAUGUUGGCCAAAGCAAUAAUUGUUGACGACAGCGAGACAAAAGAACGGGUGUUCAGCAUUAAAUGCAGGCUUGAAUACCUUGCAGAUUCAUUGGAAAGGUCUUGUGGGCCUUUUGCCGUCAUCUUGAGAGAUUGGCAAGCCUUGGACGGAGAAUACGAUGCUUACCCGAACCACUUUACAAUGCAGCUGCACAACGCUGUACGUAUGAUGCGUUUAGAGAUGGAAGGAUUGAUAAGGGAUAGGUGCUACGAGCAGAAUGGUGAAGUGAUUAACAAGAUCGCCAAGCAGAUAUGUCGCUCUGUUACGCAUUACAUCAUGCCAAAAGCCGGGCGAGAGAAUUCUGAGCCUUUCACGCAGAUGCAGAAGCUUGAGUGCAGGGUACUAAUGGCACCUCUGUAUCAGGCUGCUCAAAUGUCAACCGAGAAUUGCGUGCAGGCAUGGAUAUGGAGAGUACUAGAGUGGAUAGCAGAGAAAGGAAACAUGCGGAUAGCAAGGGAUGUCCUCGAAUUAUCGAAGAAGAGAAUGGACGUGGACUACUGGACUAUUUGGUCCAUGGCAGGAUGUUAUGCAACAGCGGCGUAA